GUUGAAGGUUAUGAUGCGUUGUGCCAGUGCUGGCUGUUAUUGUGUUGGGUCAGUGGGAUCGGGUUGUGAAAACAAAAGGCUGCAGGUGCUGGAGGGACGGGUGGUAGAGCAGUAGACAAGCAAGCAUCCGUGGCCUGACAAAGAAGGAGCACGCGAGACAGUGUACAGCUCCAUGGGGGCCUAACGGUACCGGAUCCUCUCGUGUUGUGGGUGACUGAGCAUCUCAGGGUAUCAUAAUCUUAAUGGUGGUGGGAAGGCAACACGUAAGCCACCUCAAUGGAUGCAGACAGUGAUGUGGCUUUGGAUAUUUUAAUUACAAACGUUGUAUGUGUGUUUCGAACGCGAUGCCAUUUAAACCUGAGGAAGAUUGCACUGGAAGGAGCAAAUGUCAUUUAUAAGCGUGAGGUUGGGAAGGUGCUAAUGAAACUUAGGAAACCCAGGAUAACUGCCACAAUUUGGUCCUCAGGAAAAAUUAUUUGUACGGGAGCCACCAGUGAAGAAGAAGCCAAAUUUGGCGCAAGACGCUUGGCACGUUGUUUGCAGAAACUUGGUUUCCACGUAAAAUUCACUGACUUUAAAGUUGUCAAUGUAUUGGCUGUCUGUACUAUGCCCUUUGAAAUAAGGUUGCCAGAAUUCACCAAGAAUAAUCGUCCUAAUGCAAGUUAUGAGCCUGAACUACAUCCUGCUGUCUGCUAUAGAAUAAAGUCUCUGAGGUCAACCUUGCAGAUUUUCUCCACCGGAAGUAUUACAGUAACAGGUCCAGAUGUAAAGACUGUUGCCACUGCCGUGGAGACCAUUUACCCAUGCGUGUUUGAAAGCAGGAAACAGAUUUUGUAAAUAACCACUUAGGAAUUAAGUUUUCAAGACCAGGCACCUUUUUAAAAGAAAAAGAGAAGAAAAAAAACUUCUUGAACUUGAACAAAAAUUACCGGACCAAUAAAGGGGCAGCAAUUUUAGUUAUCCGUUCUUUGUCAGUCUUCAGAAAACUUUGGAUUUUAUUCAAAUUAUUUUUUUUCUUCAAGAGACUUUUUAUUGGACUUGGACUUGACUUGCUGCUUUUAUUUUAAUUUUUUUUUUUUUUUUUUUACAAAGUGCUAUUUAUUUGUGAAGUAAUUCUUAAUGAACCCAUCAGAAGCUCUGUAAUGAUGUGCACUAACUGAAAUCUUCUGUUUGAGCUUGUGGUUUUAUUUAUAGUUUUACUUUUUUUUUUAUUGUUUCUUUUUAUGCUUAAAAUGGGCACCAAAGAAGUUGUACAAGUUUUAUUCCUACACAUUGAAUGUGUUUUUAUAAAUGUUCUCAUAGCACAUAUUCUUUCCUUUCUUGGUUAUGUAAAUAAUUUUUAAUAAAAAUGUUAUUGAUUAAA